GGCUGCGUUAUGCCGGCCGCCGAGACAGUGGAGGGAACAACCGGAGCCCAGCGCUUCCGCCGCGCAGCCACCACGGUCGCCCACCUCUGCGGGCUGCUCUUGAGAAGCAAAAGCUAUAUUGAAAGGAGUCCAGUGUUGCAGUGGGCAACAUUUUACCUGAAGAUGCAGAUGAACUUCAAAAGCAAUCUCGUGUUCAAUAUCAGUGAUUAUUCUAAAAAACAAUUUAAGAAAGGUUUUGAAAAGCUUAAGCAUCUGUUACACAUUUGCCCAAAACAAAGAAGUCAGCAAGACCUCCUGCAGAUUCAAGCAUGUUUGAAGACAAACAGAGGCUUUCAGUGUUUGCCUAGCAAAGCACAACUCCAGUUGUGCCAAGCGCUAGUCUACCAAGAGUAUGAGGCUGGAACUAUCAUUAUAAAGCAAGGGCGUGACGCAGCUGAAUGUUACUUAGUAUUAUCUGGAAAACUAAAAGUUGUCAUGACAGAUGAAGAUUCCAAAUCCAAGGACUUCACUCCUGAAACAUUAUGUGAAGCAGAAGGAGGAGAUUUCAUAGGGGAAACCUGCCUCUUGACUGAUUUAAAACGUCCUGCUUCGGUUAUAUGCAAUUCUGAUGCGGAACUUCUUGUGAUAGACAAGGAGGAUUUUAAAUGUAUUCUUCCUGACUUGCAGCGUGAACGAUUCUAUGCAACAUCUCACUUUCUAAGAAAACUCCCAAUAUUCUCUGCGUGGCCACCAGAAAAAAUAGAUUUCCUUGUUCAUUGCUCUUUACGAAGAUCUUACAGAGCAGGAACAACUGUUGUCCUUGACAGCCUGAACUCUUUCUUCCUGGUUAUUGUGAAAUCAGGCCGUUGCAUGGUAGCAGCAAAGCUGAACAGGACACAGGAUGGGAAUAGUUCAGAUCUUCUUGAUCAAACUUCCCCAAAAGAGAAGAUUAGUUUCACUGGACAUUUGGCAGCAUUUAACAGUCAGUAUGUAGAGGUGUAUAGUAUUGAAGUUACUCAUCUUCCUUCUUAA